AUGGGCUUCACUCCCGUACAGACCUUCCUCGGCGGCCUGCUGCUCCACAUCAGCUCGAGCUCGCUGCUCACCGACACGGGCCGCGUCUUUGGUAUCUCGUCUGUAGUUGACGGUGCCAUCUACGGCGACCGUGCCCGGUGGCGUUGGGCGAUCCUCGCAGGACUGGUGACGGGCCCCGCUGUCAUCGCAGCAACAGGCCUCGCCGCCGCCAUCCCCGAUUCCGGAACGUGGGUGUACGCUGCACAGCCCGUCUCCCGCCUCGCACUGGCCGGUGCGCUCGUCGGCUUUGGCUCAAAGCUUGGGUCUGGUUGCACGUCUGGCCACUUUCUGUGCGGCAUGUCCCGCCUGUCGCCACGCUCGGUGAUCGCGACUUGCACGUUCAUGCUCACGGCCGUCUUGACGGCCCGCUUCUUCCCGGCGCCCGUCAACGACACGCUGCCCGCCUACGCUCCCUCGUAUCCUUCAGGCAACCAGCUCUUGGCCCUCUCGAGCGCCGUCAUCGUCGCCAUUCUUGCGCGUGAUGCCCUCGCGGCGCUCCUCCCGAAACUCAUGAGCUCGCGGACCGCACCGGAGCAAAGCGAUGAGACGACCCCGUUAACCUCGGCCUCGUCGUCGACCGCGACCGCGACCUCGACCUCGACCUCGACGUCGUCGUCGUCGUGGCUCUGCUCCCUCCCGUACCUUCUCUCAGGGCUCACCUUCUCCCUCGGCCUCAUGGUGUCGGGUAUGGUCAACCCCCUCAAGGUCCUCGGCUUCCUGCGCUUCCCGCCACCACUCGACACCUUUGACCCGUCGCUGGGCAUGAUCGUCGCCGGUGCCGUCAUUCCCAACGGAAUCCACUGGUUUGCCCUCCGUCGCGCCCAGGAGAAGUCUGGCAAGGCCGCCGAGCCCCGUUUCUCCUGGGAAUCAUGGCAGGUGCCCUCGCGCACCCAGAUUGACUGGCGUCUGCUCGUGGGUGCUGCCGUCUUUGGCAUGGGAUGGGGAACGGCCGGUGUCUGCCCCGGCCCCGCUAUCGAGGCUGGCGGGUCGCUGCUCGUCGCUGCGUUCCAGGGCGCGGACGUGAACAGGGCGGCCACGGGGUGGGCGGCUUACGCCGUCAACAUGCUCCUGGGUAUGGGCGCCGUGCGCGUCCUGGACAAGGUGAUUGCAUAG